CUCCGACCGGCAGCGCUUCCUCCUGCAAUGACGUGUGAUCGAAAUGUAUUGUAGCACUAAGAUCGCAGCCGCGCACGAGCCAAUCCAGUAGCGUUGGCGUAGCGUCAUGCACCUUGCACAACGAGUAUCUAUUUGUUGUAUCUAUCUUUCAAGUCGAGGCCGGAUCCUCCGGAUAAGUAGCCUGUAGGAUUAUCCGGCAUCCGUGCAAUCUUGCGGCUUUGCGAUGCCCAACCAAGUGUCCACGGCGGUCUUCUGGAAUAUGUUCUACGGCCGCACGGCGAGCCCGGACGAGUGGUAUCUCUCGUUCGAGCACGAUGCGAUGAAGGCCAUGGCGCCCGAGCUGACGGCGCUCGCCGACGGCGCGCUCGUCCUGCACCUCGGCUGCGGCUGCUCGGCGAUCGCAGAGACGCUCGCCGCCGCAACAGGCCGCCGCUUUGUGCUCGCCAACAUGGACUUUUCUGGCAUUGUGCUGCAGCAGCUGCAGGCCAAGGAGGCAGGCGCUACGAACUCGCUCGUGGAGUUUCAGCAGAUGGACGCGCGUCACGUGUCGUACCGAUCGGCGACGGUCGACUAUAUUGUGGACAAGGGCACGCUCGACAGCAUUCUGUCCGACUCGACCAAGGUGGACGCCAACAGCCGCCUUGUGACGAGCGAGCUCUGCCGCGUGCUCCGACCUGGCGGCAAGGUGCUCAGCGUCUCGACGUUCCACAGCGAGACCCGGUUGCGCUGCUUGGCACACCCAGGUUGGCGCGUCGAGUGCAAGGUGAUUCCCACGACGCCGUACGAGUACCCGGACCAGCCCGAGUGUUAUUUAUACGUCAUGACCAAGCUGUAAUACCGCGUCAAUUCAUUCACGUCACCACCGUACCCAUGCAUGUGGAUCGAUCUGCGGUGACAACAUGUACACUACAUUCACGCCACCCCGACUAGAACCACCAGCAUAUAUAUAUAUAUA